AUGAGAUAUCUUGGCCAUGUUAUAUUAGAAGAGGGUAUCACAGUGGAUCCCUCUAAGAUUCAGGCUAUAGUGGAUUGGCCAGCACCCACUGAUGUUGGUGAGGUUCGUAGCUUCAUGGGUCUUGCAGUUUACUAUCAUAGAUUUUUUCAGGAUUUAUCGAGGAUUUCUCACCCUAUCUUUUCUCUUCAAAGGAAAGGGAAGAAUUUUGUGUGGUCAGAACAGUGUGAGACAACUUUUUGGAUCCUCAAAGAGCGUCUAACUAGUGCACCUACUCUAGAAAUGCCAAAUCCUUUACGAUAUUUUGUGGUGUGCACAGAUGCAUCUUUGGAGGGUCUUGGAAUAGUGAGGUUACAUGAUAUUCCUCAACGGAUUAUAUUGGAUCGUGAUCCAGUAUUCACUUCAUCAUUUUGGACUGCCCUUCAGCAUGACUUAGGAGCGCAUCUGAACUUUAGUUUGGCAUAUCACCCUAAGACGAAUGGUCAGAUAGAGCAGGUUGAUUAG